CAGACAGCAGAGGAAGUUUCCGCUCAUCAAAGCAACAGGAAAGCAAAGCCAUAACGAAAGGACUGAGCAAAUCAGGACAAGACCAUGCAGAUGAUGAAUUCCAUCGAUCCAAGAAAUUGACGCCCACACCAGUUCAAUAACUCCAUUUUUAAUUUUUCAACUUUUUGUUAUUUUUGAGGGAUAGUAUCUCUUCUUCUGCUCCAGGGCCUCUACAAAGGCCACAACAUUGAGAGCUUCCAGGGAUCUCACUAGUGAUUGAGGAGAAGUUACCUUGGAGUUGACUCUUUUGAACGUCCACCUUGCACUGAUAUAGAUAAAUGGCACUCUUGUAGUUGCCUGUUGACCUACCACCUUACCAACAAUAUUCAGCACGCCAUCUCCAUGUCUAACUGCAGCAUCCUCCUUCCUGACUACCCCAGCCCUACAUAACCUUCUGGAGGGUGAUAAGAUCAUGUCCCAUCCCAUGGAUAACACCCAUGCCUCUGGGAACCAAAGUUCCAACCAGGGGCAGUAUGGACUAUCGGAUGUACAUGCAAGUGGGGACCCUAACAGGUCUAUGACUCUGGCUGACUCUCAGGACAGUCAUUUUACUAGCACGCCUAGAGAUGAGUUUCAUUCAUCAAUCACUGAAACAAGCAAUCCGAUGUCUUCGCUCUCUCAAAGACUCUCUGAUGUUGAUAGCGGCAUGGACUGGUUGCCAAACUACAAAAGUGAAAUUGAGGAUUCUUCUUCUAAAUUCCAUGCAUCACCGGCUUCUUAUAGAAAUAAAAGCAGUCAUGACAGUAGAUUUGCUGCUCUGAGUGAAGGAGAAUGUCAUAUCCAAUCCAUUCCAGGUUUAGGUGAUUAUGACUCUCAACUGCCUGACAAACCUGUGGCUGUGGCAGAGUCCAGGUACCCUCAGUACACAUCAGAAGAAGCUGCUAACAUCCUUUUGCAGUUUGGACUUGAAAAAGAAGACUUGGAAUAUCUGAUUUCUUACCCGGAAGACCAGAUCACCCCUAGUAACCUGCCUUUUAUCUUACAACAAAUACGCAAUCAAAGGAGUACAAAUGCAGUUCAAUCAGAACCAAAUCCAGAUCUUCAGCCAACCACCAGUAUGAGUAGAAGGGACAGGUUAAAUACAAAAAGAGGAGAAGAGAUGUGGCAGGAUGAAAUGUCACCUACUGUUCAACCAAGUAAAGUGAUUGACUCUGGACACACUGCCAAAUAUACUGUAGAUGAGAUUGGGAAGAGCAGUGACAAGAGAGCUAGCAAUGGUGGGAGUAGAAGUAUGUUGUUGAUGGACUGUUAUGAGAGUAGCAGCCACAAUAGAGAACCACUCCAAAAAAGUAUGAUAGAAGGGAAAACCAGUACGAUGGUUUCACCAUUUGACCUGCAGGAUACUGUUUCCAGUCUGAGCUCAGUCCAAGUCUGUGUGACUUCUCAAGGCAGUAAUGCAGCUCAACAGAUCCAACCAAGCCGGUCUUCUCAAGAAAUCAUCAGCUCUUUUUCUCCACCGAAGAAGGACACAGACUCAAGAUUUCUGAUGUCUGAGGUCUCCAGGCUAGUUCUCUUUAAAGAACCAGAGACUUAUCAGCAGUCAGCCUUAAAAACUCAGCCACCUCUCAGUGUGGUCUGUGUUGUGCAUCCCGAUAAUGAUUACAUUCACACCAAGGAAGAGAGUACAACUCAAGAACAAGACUCUAAGGUUGCUGAACCGAUGAACAAGAAGCAGCAUAAGUGGACACAACAACAGCUAAGAAAGCAGAGUAAACAGAUCAUGAAUGCUGCUGCAAAACCAGUUUCUCUACUUUCUUCCCUCCGAAGUACCAUAACUAUUCCAUCUUCCAAUAAGCAGUGCUUGGCAAACAGGGAGCUUUCAAAGUCUCUCCCAACAAGGGCCAUGAAGCAAGACUAUGCUGCAGCCACACCAAAAAUCUUUCCACAUACCUGUUCUCUGUGUUUACAACAAUGUGCUCAUAUGAAGGAUUGGAUCUUACACCAGAAUACCAGCAUUCAUACUGAAAACUGCAAACUCCAGAUACAUGAUGUAGGCACAGAAAACAAUCCCAUGCCCUCCACAUCUGCUGAAACUUCCAAGCAUUGUCAUCAGAAAACCAGACAUGAGAGUUCUCGCUCUCGCUCACACAGCCCACGCCAAAGGCAUGGCUCAAAUGGAAGAAGGGCUAGCCCUAGUAGCUAUUCUUCUCAUUCACGUAGCCCUCACAAACACCACCACAGCUCUGAGGGUAGAAGAGAGAAAAUCAAGAGUGGAUCACGAUCCCCACACAGCUCCAGACAUACUCACAGCUCACCACGUUAUAAAAACCCCAACUCCUACCGUCAUCAGUCAGACCUGAGGAGCCAUGAGCAAUGGUCUGACCCGAGAAGAAGAGAUGAGAAACUUAGCAGAGGCCUUAACAGACAGCCAUCAAUGGAGAGGUCAUCCCCUCAACCAAAGAAAUUGAAAAGUACAAUGAAGCUACAGGACACUCCAGAUGUUCAGUCUUUGCCCGAACAGCCUGACUUGGAGAUGGUGGUGAAAAAUUUGGCUCCUGUCUUACUGGAUGAGCCAUUAUCAACUGCUGCCCCUUCAUUGUCAUCCUGCCGUCCAGCAAGAAGGGAAUUGACUUCCAAGACCCCCGAAGCUAAACCUAUCUUCCAGAAGAGAUGGGCAAUUUUCUCUGCAAAACCUAAGUGUGAUAAACCUUUACCUCCAACCAUGGUGAGGCUGGAAGGGGUUUAUGAUUCAAUUUCAUACAAUGAUGUGGUUGCUGCUGUGGGUUUUUUUGGAAAAACCAAGUCAGUUCUAUUGUUGAGGGCCAAACUGCAGGCAGUCGCGUGUUUUGAGAAGGAGGAAGAUGCUGAAAAAUUGAGAAAAAUGAAGAAACUCAGUGUGAAAGGAGUGCAAGUCGCUGUUGUGAAAGGAAAGGAUGCUGUUUCUAAGAGACCUCUUCUAACUUGUACAACAGAGCAAAAGAAGCGCCCUCAGCAUGAAUCUUCCAAGUUUGGUAUUAUUGCACCUCAAACCACUGAAUCCACUUCCACAGGAAGGAUUACCUCUCUGUUGGUCUCAUUUUCUUCAAAAAAAAUGAAAACAGCAAAAAACAGUAAUGUGCCUGCAAUAAGACGAGUGGAGUUGGUUGAGGCAAAAGAAGCAGCUUCAAAACUUCCAUUCAGAAGUUCAGUUCUGCCUCACAAUGGUGGCUCUGAAAAAACAGUUGAGUCCAGUGAAUGUGAAACCAGUGCUAUUGAAUCUGUGGUUGCACCUACUGAGUCAGGCCAGGUGGAAACAUUUACAAACACGAACGUUACUGAACCAAACAAAGUCACAGAAACCAUCUCUCAGCUAAGCUGGUGCUCAGUGGUGGCUUCUGAAGCAGAAACGGGCUCGAUUACGGCAGCCCAAGAAUCUGCAGUGGUAUCUGACGACAAAGACAAGGUUGGUGCAACAACAAGUUUAACAUCCAAUGAGAUGAUGCAGCAGGAGGAUUUCACCAAAGCCAAUGUUGAGGCAACAGACACAGAACCACUGAAGUCUGGAAAUACAGGAGACUCCACUGUUACCUCCCUGACUGUUGGGGAGAAGCUGGAUGAAAUGUACACAAAGUUCACUUCAGCUUGUUCAGGUUUUAGGAAAGCACUAAGACCAAAUUUUACAAAUAAAGUGUUGUUAAUCACCUACCUGCCAAAAUAUGAUGAAUAUGCUGACUGCUACACAGAAGAGGAGGUUGCCAAUCUACUCAUCCCAUUCGGAUUUCAAUAUUUGGACGAAAACAUCUACGUUAGUCCUCAGAUGCGCAUGGCCUUUGUGCUCAUGCCUACUGUGCAAGACAUGCAAAACAUCAUCAGAGCCACAAAGAAGAUCAGCUUUGUUCUCAAUAAGUCUGCACUUCAUUUGAAGCCCUUGAGCUACGCCCUUCCAAUGAAUCCAUUUGGAUUUUAUAAAUCUAUCAUGAAAAAAUUGCCUUAUGAGAUGACUGAUGAUGGAUCAGCAAUAAUCUACAUCAAGAACAUCUCACAAAGGGAAGCCAAGGAUCUCAGAAAAGCUUUGAAAAAGAUUGAUUCUGUGAAAAACUAUCUGCCUUUGCUCAACAAGGUGUUUGUCGAAUUUAAUUCAAUUUAUGAUGCUGAUCGACUCGGAGUUUGGUACAGCCUCCUCAGACGGGGCUUUUGCCACACGGUGUACAGGUUGAAAAUACCACGAAUUGAAAGCACAUCACAACCACCCAGACUGGCAUCCAAAGCAUUGCCAGACACCAAGAAUGUUACUGAAGGGGCAGUUGUCCCAACAGCAAAUUUUGGUGUUCCACAGGGCAGCACUUCACCAUUUUGGGUCACGAUGACCACUUAUCCCUUUGUGUUCCCUACCGUCUCCCCUUGGUUCAUCAUCCCAGAUUUUUUGACUGUCAAUGGACUAAAUGACAUUGAGAAAGCUCAGCCUCAAGGUUCCAGGUUCUCCACAAUCAUGUUGACUGGUUUGCCAGAAGAAAACUACAAGUACGAGGACGUCACCAUGCUGGUGCAGCAUUAUUUCCUGGAUACUGUACUGUUCUACAACUUGAUAGUAAUACCUCUGCAGAGGAGGGCUUUUGUGUUUUUCAGUGACUGGAAUGCGUGCUGUGAUUUUGUCCAAGAUCACAUUAAAAAUCCAAUUUCUGUUGGAGGCCGGGUGCUCGACAUCCAUUUUGUGUUACAGGACAUGCAUCCUGGGACCAGUCAGGAGACAAUGUACAGAACCAUGAUGCAAUGGAGCAAUGCUCACGUUCCAGAUUCAGACUCUCUGGAGGAGCGACUGCUGUGUGUGGAGACCACUGAAAUGCUGAUGUCCCUUGUCACAAUGGUCAUGGAUGUGGUGGCAUCCUUUGCUUCUUUUGUCAGAUUCCUGCCGCUUGCCAACAGGAUAUACAUUGAAAUGGCUGAAUCCAGUGGUGUAACAAAAGUGUUGGAGAAUAUCUUCUCAAGAGACUACAUAGCUAUGAACAAGAUUUGGAGCAAAGUUGGACGCAUUGAAUCUUUGAAGAGCCUCAAAGAGUGUCUACAAGACUUCAGUGAGAACACACCCAACCCUGACCUGGACACUCACUUUGUUGAAUUUCACAAUUUCACAAGAACUAUUCAAGGAAGCAGUACACAGAGCGAGGUUAGUGCAAACAUUUGCAAAGUUUCUUAUUUUUAA